GAGAGAGAAGAGGGAGAGAGGAGAGGGAGAGACGAGAGGAGGAAACAGGGGAAACAACAGGGCAGUACCAAGGUCAGUGGUAAAGAAAGAGGGGGAGGAGGUGCUUCAAGUGUGGUAGCCAAGAUUGCUCUGCAAGCUGCAGUGAGGACUAUGGUGAAUCAAACUGUGCCCUUGUAACGCAUGAAGUCCAUGGGGGAUGAAAAGAUCCACUUGCAGCCUAUAGGAAAAGUGCUCACACUGGAGUGGGUGGAUGCCAGAGAAAGCUGUGAUCUAGUAGGAGACCCGAAGUGAGACGGCCCCCUCUUCCAGAGAUAGAGGGCCAUUGCUUCCAAACUAGAGCAGCCUAUCCUUAAAAGACUGCACUCCGUGUGACUUGUCCCACAACAGUUUUGGGAUGACUGUUUGCCCGUGUGAGAGACCUCAUGAUACAGCAGAAAAAAGACUCCUCUCCCUGAAUAAACAGAAAAAGACCUUGAGUGAUGAACUGACCAAAACCCCCGUGUCAUGUCUCCCUGCAUUGUUGGUGGGAAGGAGGGAGGGGCUGGGGAGGGAAAAAGGUGUUUUAAGCACUUAUUUUACUUCUCAUUUUCAUCCUUUGACUCUGCUAAUAAUAAAUCCACUUUAUACCUUUAAAUUUUAGCUUCUUUUGCCCUUAGAGUGUUUUUUUUCUCCCAAUCCUUGUCUCAACUCAUUAGCGUGUCGUUCAUCUUUUUCCCUCUCCUUUGCCCGACUGUAGCAGGAGAGGUUAAGCGAACAACUCUUGUGGGUGCCUGAUGUUUGGCCAGUGUCAAACCAUGACAUAUGGCAACUUAACCUUUAAUACUACCUGCAGCUGCAAUGUUAUCUGCAGUGGGUUGUUGGACAUAACAAGUGCGACAUAUAGUGUCCAUAUGCAGAUAGCAUUGCAGAUCCUAUCACAUGUGUUAUCUGAUAGCAUUGCACAGUUCUGUGGAGACAGCAACAUUGUUACAGAUAUAGCACAUAUCCAGGGCUCAGCACUGCUCAGACCAAAUAUACUCAAUACCACACCAUGUAUGGUGCUUGCUCCCCUCCACAUCCACAUGUUCUCCUCCUCUUUAGUACAGGUGAGACUGUAGGGGACACUGCUGCACGGGAAGGAUGCACAAGCACUCACUGCCCAGGGAGAUGCUAAGGGCACAAAGCACCUCAGCCUGGGCAGAAGGCUUCAGGGCUUUAUACAGCCCACCAGGACUGGGAGGGGCUUCAGCCAGACUUUUCUUCUGGCAGCUCUGGCAGGCGGAGAUACCAUGGAUCACAGUGGAGAGGAGAGACUCAGCAAUGCUCCUCCAGCCUGCAGCAGCUCCAGCUGAAAUGAUCACUAGAAGACACUUAGCCCAUACAGCAUUUGUUGAACAUGUCCCAAAAAAAUCCAUUCAUUGCCUGUGACACUCAAGCAGCUUCAACAUGGACCUAACUACAGCCUUCCCUUACUCUCUUGCAGAAGAGAAUAAGAAGCCACCAACAACUGCAGUGGAGCCAGUGUUUGUAUGUCCAGAACCCACUGGAGAACACACUCUGCACUUGCUUUUUGCAGUGACACCACUGCUUUAGCAACGGGCAAACAGAUGUGAGCCAGGCAAUACAUAAAACAGAAAAAACAGGGGAAAGCCAGUCUUACCUGUCAGCACGUUUCUGCUAUCUUUCUGUUACUAAAUCCCCCAACAUUGUCAGGAUAAAUAAAACCCUCUAACACUGUCUUUUCAGUGUUAACAAGAAAGGCAUUACUUUAUCCUUAGUCCAGAGGUGUGUGUAUGGCCAAAAAAAUUCCAGUGUCCAUACAGACAUGGAUACAAAACUUUUCCACUUAUUUAAGCAUUGCUAACAAACAAAAAAAUUAAUGUUCAUUGGUUCUAAAUUACAUAACUCUCAUAAUUAGUAUUCUAUCUCCUAUUGGUUGCCGAAUUCUUGCUUCUUAUGCCAAUUAGUCCAUAUUUUUAGUCUUUUUAGUAUCUCUUUCCUCCAGCAGGGAAUUUCCAACACAUAUACUGAGUCUUUGUUAGUCCUUAGUCUUCUGGUUUCUGCAAAAGGUCCUUGCAGCCCAUAAAUUCUGCAUUCUAGAUAUCCAGUUUCAACAAUGUAUCUCUCACCCAGGCUUUUUUUCAUGGAAACAUCUCAGAGUUAGUUUAGCCAAACAUAAAGUUUCAAUAAUUUUCCCAAGCUAUGUUCCCAUAAAAGGAGUGUACGACAACUUCACUAAAUACUGGCUAAAAGUGAUUUAAGAAUAAUACACUACUUAUAACUUACAUACUAGUUAUGAUAAAUUUUUAAAAAUAAUUAGAAGUUAAUUAAAAUAAUUAAUUUAAAAAUUGGAAAAGUUACAUAAUUUCCAACAAAAGGGUCUAGCAUAUGGAGUAGCCAAAAGCACACAGGUGUAUCUGACUGCAAAAAUGCAAGGUAAAAAGACACAAAAAGGCCUGGAGAAUCAGAGGUUCUAGUUAAAAUGACACCUCCUGUCUCAAUCCCAAAAGACCCUGUCCAUGUUUUCUUUGUUUGGAUGAGGAAGAAUUAAAAAAAAAAAAAAAAAAAAAAAAUUGAAAGAGGGCAAUACAUUAUUCAGAACAACUUAUAUUCCAAGAUUAAGUAACACAGAUGUUAUUGCAAUUACUGUUGUAAAUGUAGGCAUCAUUUCAGACUCCAUUUCUUGUGCAGAUACCAUUAUAGAUUAAGACUGCAUGCAGAGGGAAAUGCUUCUGCAGAUGAGUACCCCAGUGCAGUUACCAUAACACACACCAUUCGUAACUUGUAUCUAAGCUCUGUCUUCCAGCAACCAGGCAUGUUGCGUGACCAUCUGCAAAGGUUGAAGACAUUCCUCCUACCUGACUCCCAAGACAGAAUGGUGGACGCUCCUCUGAGAGCAAAGGCUGCAACUCCAAUGCAGAGGCCUGCACCAUCUACCCCGGCUACUGCCAGUGCCUCCAUCGAGACAGAGCUGCCAAAUGGAGAGGCUGUAGUGCGGAUCUCUCACUGCAGGAAGUGAAUAGAUCUUUUGCUAGUCUAUGGACAGGAGCAGACCUACCUGGAAAAGGUGUACCCAGGUGGAGGACCGCUUGUGGAAAAUGGUUGAGAAAGGCAAGAGGCAGUGAAAAGGCUGCAGAGUGUCCGGAAGGCUGAGAAAGAGUUCUUUCCCAGAAAGGAGAGAGUCUUCUGGUUCCAAGCACUGUUUGCAGUAGGCCCACAGCCUGAAGCCAAACAGCAAGAGACUCCCCCUGUGACACUCACAGAAGGGAAGAGUGCCAAGAGAGCACACACAGAAGGGAGGAGGCCCAGUGUGGAAGAACGGGAACUUGGUACCACAGACCUUCAGGAAGAGCAGUCCUCCCCCAAAGCCACAGAUGCCCUUGCAGAACCUUUCCAGAAGACAGAGGUGCCCUUGCACCUUGUACCUUUCACUGAUCUGCAGGAAAGACUCAGCAGGAGAGGUACUGAAGAUAAGGCAGCCCCGUCUACUCCCCAUAUAACAAGCAGUAAGGCAGCAUAAUCUCCUCCCCAUACAGCAAUCAGCACAAGUAAGAAGAGGGUAACACUAGGAGGAGACUCUUCUGAGAGGUAUGGAGGCACUAUUUACUGGCCUGCUGCACUCUCUACAUUAUGCUGUUUACCAUGGACUCAUAUCAGAGAUGUCACUGAGAGACUACUAUGUCUUGCACAUUCCACCAUUACCUGCUGCUGUUGUUUCAUGUGGGUGCCAGUGAUACAGUCAAGAGCAGUCUGAGCAGCAUCAAAAAGGACUACAGAGCCCUGGGAGCAGCAGUAUCUGCUGACUCUGGAGCACAUAGGUAGUUUUUUCAUCAAUCUUCCCAGUCAAAGAGAAGGGGUUUGAAAGGGCCGGUCAAAUCUGGGAAAUCAACAAACGGUUACAGGACUGGUGCCACAGCCGGGCGUUUGGCUACUUGCUCUGAACAUACAUCAGACUUGCUUUGAACAACCUGGUCUACUGCAGGCAGAUGGAGUCCAUCUGUCAGAAAAGGCAAAAAGCAUCUUCACUCACAGGCUUGCCAAGCUGGAGAACAGGGCUUUAAACUACAAUUGCUGGGGGAGGAGAGCCUCAGUCCAUCCCAUUUCUAUCACAGACAGCAAGCGAUGUCCUGAGCCUCAAGGCAUCCAGACACAAGGGCUUCUCCAGUAUCAUGGGCGUAGAAUCAUUUUAUUACCACCUCAGCCUCUUCACAGAAGCUCUGGCCAAUGCUCCUGCCUGUUUCCUCUCCAGAAGUCAAUGGAAUUAUUUUCUGCAAGUGCUCCUGCAAAUCCUUAGAGGGAAACAGGCUUGAACAGCAGAAUAAGCAGGAUCCAGUGCAGACUGCAGUGGAAUAUGACCAUUUGCUGGUGGGGCAAUGCCUGCUGAUCCUAAUUGACAUUUUCCAAGGAGAGAUGGUGAUGCGGCCGUGCAGCCAAAGCAAGGGCUGUGCAAAAGGGCAGGAAAUGGGUUUGGCUGCUCAGGAAACCACAGCUCCCUUCCCACAACUGUGGGUGCUGAUAGAGGGCUGGGCAGCUCCCUGCUAGCACUGUCCCAGAGCACUGCCUGGUCCCUGGACAGGAGGAGGCAGAGCAGCAGGAGAGCAAAUGCUGGAAGAUCUGCAGGCCAUGCUGGUCCCUACCCUGACCCUGGUCACUCUCCUGGUCCUGCUGCCCCCAGCCCAGUCCUGCCCCUCAGAGAUGAACAAGGUCAAGGAUCUCCUGGAGGUGAACUGCACUGGGCAGGCUCUCAGCACAGUGCCCUCAGACCUGCCUGCAGACACAGGCAUCCUGCUGCUCAGUGACAAUCGCCUGGAGUCCCUCUCCACCGCUGCCUUUCUGAACCUCACCCAGCUUCAGGACGUUGACCUGGCCAACAAUGGGCUGGUGACUCUGUACACAGGGGACCAGCUGCCAUCCCUGAAGGAGCUGACCCUCUCCCACAAUGCCCUAGUGGCCCUACCUGACCUGCAGGGGCUGCCUUCACUCACCCACCUGGCUGUGGCCCACAACAGCCUGGAGACACUGGCCCCGGGAGCUUUCCGCACAGUGCCACAGCUGCAGAAUCUGGACUUGCGAGGCAACAAGAUGCAGAAGCUGCCCCAGGAGGCCUUUGCAGGGCUGAGGGCACUCAGGGAGUUGGACCUCUCAGACAACUUCCUGAAGGAGCUACCCAAGGAGUUGCUGCAGGAUCUGCAGAAGUUGGAGACUCUCUGGCUUUCAGGAAACCAGCUGCGGACCCUGCCCACUGGCUUUUUCCCAAAGGGGCACAUUUUCAUGUAUGUUUUCCUCACUGAGAACCCCUGGCAUUGCAACUGUGACCUGUACUACCUGCAGACCUGGAUCCAGAAGAAUUCUGACGUUGUUUAUCAGCCAGAGAGGCACCUGGAGGAAACAAAGGUGGAGGUUGCACCUGAGAAGGUACUGUGCAACAGCCCAGCUGAGCAUAGGCUGAAGCCCAUCAUGGACCUGAAGCUUAACUGCAGCAUCGUGGAGGAUGCGGAUGAGGAAGGAGGCGAUGAAUAUGAUGAUGAGGAAGAAACAAGAGAGAAAGCUACCAUGACCACCUUCUCCCCCCAUCUAUUCAUCCCCAAAGAGCACACUACCAUGCCCUGUGCUGUUACCUCAUCUUGCCUUCCUACCCUCACUACCACAAGAUCUCCCCUCACCCAACCUUCCUUCAGCACCCCUCGUACCUCCACGCUUUCCCCAAGCACUUUGUUUGUGGUGCUGACAAGCAUCAGAGCUCUCAGCACCACCACUCCUGUACCAGCCGGUCCCACCAUGACACCCAUACAGACCCCCAGCACUGGCACCAUUCUCAGUGCUGCUACCACCAUCACCCUGCACAGACCUGCCACCCUUGACAAUGCCACCUCACUGCCAAUGACUAUGAGCAGCAGCCCUUCUAGCACCAGCGGCCAUCCGCAAACCAUCCUUGAUGCCAGCACUAUCCAUGACAGUCUCAUGGGGUCCACUAGCGCACUUCCCACCACUUCCACGGCAGCGCCUUCUACUGCCAUGCUAGAGGCCUCUUCCAUUGUCAGAUCUCCAUCGCCUCCUCCAACGUCAGCCAACACCACGCUUUCCACUCACGCUCCAAUACUACCACCUCCCUUGGACACCACACACUUCACCCAGCCUGCAUGUUCCCCACUACCUGCUCCUCCUCCCCUCUGCCCUUGCUCCAUCCCAGGACGGGUUGUCCCUGUGCUGCACUUGCAGGCUGGUGGGAGGGGUCCACAGUGGGGACAGUGGGUGCUGAAGCACUGCUGCCUGUUGCACUGGGUGCUCUACCUGGCUUCCUUGGCUCUGCUAGUCCUGACCAUGCUGGCUCUAGCAGGUUGGCUGGCAUGGAUGUGUCUGGUGGGACAACCUUCCAGACAGCAGUCUCUGCAGACCCAAGAGGUACAUUAUCCACUGCUGGAAUGGGGAGAGUCAACAGGAAACCCUAUGAUGCAUCUCAGCAGCUUCAAAAUCCCCUUCCAGCGACCCACAUUCUGUACAAUCAAGGAAGUGGAGUUGUGCCCUGAGGUUACCUACUGCACAAUUAAAGAUCUGGGGAUACAGCGCAGUCCUCCUGCAAGUUACUCUUUCUGUACCACAAAGGAGUUGUGGGUUCACCACAGUCCUCUGCACACAUCAGUCAAGCCUUUCUCCAGGAAGCUGAUGGUCACAGACCCUGGCUUCCUGAGGACCUCAUCUGCUUACAGCCUAGACAGGGGUAUCAAGGCCAUCGGUGAUGUCAGAGUGAAAUAUGUGAGUAACACCAUGUAAAUGUUUCUGUACACUCAGAGAAAGAGAUCGAGAGUUGUGGCUCUGCUUUAUACGCUUUGUUUUACAAAGGAAAGAUCUACUUGCCUAGGAAGAAGCCAUCCAGCUCCUUCCUCUACUAUUCUCAAACAGCUUGAGGUUUCCAGAGCUAAAAUAAUUACUUGGGUGUUUGGCAGAGGAAGAUAAUGUCCUAAACUGGUCAAUGAUAGUUUAGAACUGCCACUGUUUGGUUUUGGGGUGAGUGAGGGCAAGCAAAACUUAUGUUGUGCUCUGUUGUAACUGUUUCUGUUCAAAUUAUGCACACAAAGACGCAAUAUACUUUCCACUCAGUGCCAGGUUCUUAAUCACAUAAUAAAUAUUCUGUGCCUGAACUUAAAAAAGGGGUGCUAGUUUGAUUUCAUUGCACUACCACAAGUCUUGUCAGGGCACAGUGAAUGAGAAAUUUGUCUUCAGUGUUUUGGAAUAGUGAAGGCAGUGGAAAAAAUCCAUGGAAACCCAGAAUCCUAGAAUAUCCUGAGUUGGCAGGGACCCUGAAGGACCACAUCUAAUUCCUGGCCCUGCACAGACACCACAACAAUCCCACCCUGUGCCUGAGAGCAUUGUCUAAAACCUCCUGGAGCUCUGGCAGCCUUGGGUCUGUGACCAUUCCCUGAGGAGACUGUUCAGUGCCUGACCACUGUGUGAGGGAAGAACUUUUUCCCUAAUAUUGAUCUAUUGGGAUGCCCCCAUGACACGGUUCCAACUUUUCCUGGGUUCCUGACCUAGGUCCCAGAGAACAGAGAUCAGAGCUGGCCCUCUACCUCCCCUCAGGGGAGGUCUUCAUCAUAAGGUGUCCCCUUGAUGUCCUCCAGACCAAAUAAGUCAAGUGCCCUCAACUGCUACUCAUACUCUUUCCCUCUAGACCCUUCCCCAUUUCUGUGGCCUCCUUUGAAUACUCUUUAGCAGCUUUAGAUCCUUCUUGUAUUCUGGCAUUCAAAACAACACACUUAUACUCCUGUUCCUGACUUUGGCCCUAAAUGUGUGAUUCUUCCCUGUGCUACUUCAUCACAUGGGAAAAGUAUCCCACUGCAGGUAAUAAGGAAAGUGCAAGUGCCUCUGCAUGACCUAUUAUGGGUUGGUCAGAUAUGGAGGAGUAGCAUGGGAAGCUUUGAAGGGCAACGGAUGUGACUUUUAAGGGAUUACACUAGGACAAAACACACAGGAGCUGGUCAAACUUUGUGAUCACCUGUCUAGAUGUCACUCAAAUGUUUUGGGAGGUAUGAGAAGGAGGCAAUAGUCACCAUUGGUGGGGAUUGAAUGGCUCACACCAGAACUGGUGCAUAAAUGCAGCAGCUGGAUCUUGUGAAUCACUUUUCCAGCCUGAAAUGCAGUUCCAGUUCUAAUUGCCCCAAAUGUCAAACUGUUCGUGAGUCAGCAUGGCCUUCUGCCAGCUUAACUACUAGGUCCACAGGUGGGAAUGUGUGCCUGUGCUUGGUCAGCAUGAGUAUGUCUGCUGGGGCAGGUUUGGUCUGCAAGUGUGUCCAUGGACUUACACAUACUGCAUUUGUAAAGAGACACUUGUCUGUCUGUUGGUGCUGUCCUCUAACCACACCAUCCUCUCUAUCCCUGUUUUCCUGGGACAAUGAGGCAAGCACCUCUAGUGCUGGCACAGCCUGAAGGCCCCAACCGUGAGGCACAGACAUCUGGGAAGCAGAGGGGUGGAAAAAGAUCUUUGUAUCUUGUGGACAGAAAGGUGAACAAGGUCUGGCAGUGCACCUGGCAGCAAAGGGAGGGCAACAAAAAGCCUGGACUGGGUUAACAGAGACAGGGCCAGCAGGCCAAGGGAAGUGAUUAUCCCCUUCUCCUCAGAACUUUUUAGACUACAAUUUUUUGCCACCUUCGACACAUGUGAAGCCACCCAGCUCCCUUCCCACAGGCACCACUGAUACUUCAGUAUUUCUCAGAAUCCCAUUACCUUUGCCUCUCUUUGUAACUCCUCCCUAGAAUUCUUCACACAACAAGCAUUCCAGGUCACUCCAGGAAUCCAAGACCUCUCAAUACCACCUAGGAACCCCAAAGCUCCCAGGACCCCCUAUUCUACCCCAUCUUCAAUCCCCACAAAUCCUGGCACCCCCAGGACUCUGUUCUCUUAGACCCCCUACGCACUCCAAGAUUCCUCUCAGUCCUGAGACACACACAUACACCUUUGUGCCCAGUGAACACAGGCACACAAAGCCCCAGUACCCAGCACCACCCACGCAGAACACUCAGGUCACUGGUCUCCUGU